CAACAACAAAGAAACAAACAGAUAACAACAACAAGUGUAACACCCCCGCCCAGGAAACAACGGCAAUAAGUGCUAAUAAGUGAGCCGCAGACUAUAACUAAAACCGGAUGCAGGGCCACUAGUAAUUGCCAAUUUUCGUUAUCUGUCUCUGUCACUAUUUUGUUCUCAUCUCUCUCUCUCUCUCUUUCUCUCGGUCAAUUGGAAAAAUCUGUUGGUUUUUGGUUUUGUGUUUUUUUUUUUAGUCAUGCUUAGGCGACUCAUAAUAUAUUUGCCUAAGUAACUUCGUCACGCACUGCGCACGCUGCUGCAUUCGUUCCCCUCAAAACAAAAAUGCGGCUUUUGCUUCUGCUACGGUGGCCCUCCUCCCAGAAAAGGGUCGCCCCCCGCCGCCGACAAAACGCAAGUUGAAGGCACACACAAACAACCAAGAAAAAGUAAAAAAAUAAAUAAUACAAAGAAGCAGAGGAACGUACACAAAAAAAAGGGGCAACGAAGUACAAGGUGCGUUGCACUCGUUUUGUCAUUGAUUCCGCGGAUGCGAAAUAGCAUGCGGCAGUUGCAACAAGAAAACGGCAACAGCUGCUGCGACAAAAGCCAGGCCAAAAGCAAAAGCCAAAACCAAAACAGCGAUUAUUUCAAGCAUCCGCCUCCACUUUCCCAACCCCCCUUCGCAAAAGGCAAAAACAAAAAAGAAAACAACAACAACAACAUCAACAAGAAACCCUUGCUGCCUGUCUUUUGUAACGUGGCCAGAACGUUGCCGGGCAAUUAUUAUUUUGUAAGACGUUUUACAAUUUAAUGGUUUUCAUGAAUGGACUUGGAUCCGACCCUCUGUCAGCAAAGGAGGCAGAGGGCCCUCCGGUUCAGGUUGAACCAGUUGAUCUGAGCUUACGUUCGCCGCGCGCGAGCACUUCACAUGGAAGCAGCAGCAGCGGCGGCUCUAACAGCUGUAAAUCUUCGUCGGCCACCAAGGCAGUUGGCUAUAGCAAUGGCAAGCAGAGCGGAUCCUCCGGCUCGUCCUCGUCCUCCGGCUUUGGAGCGGGCUCAGCUGGAUCCUCAUCGUUGGGGGCCUUCUCCCGCCAGCAGCAACAUCAGCAGCAGCAUCAUCAUCAGUCGACGCAACAGCAGCAGCAGCAGCAACAACAACUUUAUGCCUCCGGUGUGUCCAAGUUGCCAUUUUCGCCGUUCUUCGCGGCCUCGCCAUUCUUUUUCACCUAUCGACGGAUCAGCGGCAGCGGUGGCAGCGUCAAGCAGGAGGAUAACAACAACAGCUGCAGCUACAACAACGGCAGUAACAGCGGUAGCAGCGGCGCAGGUUCGGCGGCAAAUAGCAUGCAGGACUACGACCGCAAGUUCUCGCUGCUGAGCCUGUUCAAGAAUCCCUACAAGUUCGGAGCAGAUGGUCAGGCCACGAGGAAGUCCUCGCCCACUGGCAGCUCCAGCAAGUCCCUGGCCUCGGGCUGCUCCAGCUCCUCGCCGAGUUGGAAAAGCUAUGCCGGUUCGGGCUCACCACAUGCCGCCCUGAAUCCCGCCUUCGGGGGCAUGGCUCUCGGGGCAACUCGCAAGGAUAGCAGCAGUUUUAGUGGGAUUAACUUUGGGGGCGGCGGCUCCGCCUUCGGACGCUCCUCAUCCGAUUCGACGGCCAACGGCUACAAUGAUCUCUCCAAGAACCGCAAGGUACAUAAGUGCGACACCGAAGGAUGCGACAAGGUGUACACGAAGAGCUCGCACCUGAAGGCGCACAAAAGGACGCAUACAGGUGAGAAGCCUUACGUGUGCACGUGGGAGGGCUGCAUCUGGCGCUUCGCCCGAUCGGAUGAGCUGACCAGGCACUACCGUAAGCACACGGGAGUGAAGCCCUUCCGGUGCCAGCUGUGCACCCGCAGCUUUAGCCGCUCGGACCACCUGUCGCUGCACAUGCGCCGGCACUGAGGACAUGGAACUGCCGAACUGGCCAUAAAUACUCGAACUCCAACUCGUACUCAUUCCCGAGAAUACUCAUCUGAGAUGCUGCGGGGAAGCAGCUCUUGAUUAUUUAUACGCACUCGAAUCACUUCCAUUGAUCAUUUACUGAGACCAGAUAUUCCAUAUCGCCUAAGUAGCUCAAUUUCGAUGUUUAAGAUGGCUCAAAGCCCAACUUAGCUGUAGUUUAAGUUUAGUUAAUUAGGGCGGAAAGAUUUGUAAAAUUUUUCACAUUUUAAGCCCAGAGACAAUUGCCUUCAGAAGCCAAGUUAACAAAGUGGAUUUACACCUACUACAUAUAGAAAUAUCUGCAUAGUUAAAUCUACAUAUACGGAUAUAUAUUUUUAGAGAUAGUUUUUGGAUUGGUGCUAGCAACUUGCGUGUACAUAGAUCUAGAUAAACAUUUACAGCCUAGUUCGGUAAGAAGAAAUUUAACUAAUUUUAGAUCAAAUUUUUAUUGGUUAUUAAGUAGAAAAUUUUAUACAACAAAAAGACGAACUACGAAUGAGGCAACACAACCGGAAGAGCCAAGCAAUAUUUAUAUAUAUUUAGUAUAUAUAUAGAAAUCUUAAACAUUUUGUACUAUACGCAUAUGAUGUGAUGGUUGAUGAGGACUUUGAGCAGUAGGAGAUCGGUAAGGGAAGUGCUUAGUACCUUAUAUUGAGAUUGUAAAGGUUUACGACAUAUAUUAACAUAUCAUUCAAUCUAAAUUAAUCUGUAACUCAAAGUUUUCUUUAAUUCUUAACAAUUUUUAAAUACGGAGACUACUUUGAGCCUUCCAAUCUUCAGUUUUUAGAAACAGAACACUUUAAAAAUUACGAAACAAAAUCAUUAAAAUACCGUAGCAGAAGUACUCCACCCAUAAACCGCCUUAUAGCUCUGCAACGCACUGUACUCCCUGGCGAUCCCCGAAAGCAAUUUGCCCUCUCAUGCCAACUGUCAUCAUAGAUUUUAGCACACUCACAGACCAACUUACAUACAAAAGCAAAACAAAUUGUAUUAUUUUUUGAGAAAUAAAAGAAAAGCGAAUACUUUUUUUGUACCAAACGAAGCCCUGGCCGUGCUCAUUACGGGAUCGGGCUGGUCGGAUGGCCA